UGGCGGAAGGGGAGGUACCGAGUUCGCAGGCCGCAUGAACAUGGCGGAUCCUGUGCGGGAGGAGCUCCUGGCCCUGGCCGCGAUUUACUGCGGGCCCCACGAGUGGGAGGUGCUGAGCCGCUCAGAGACAGAUGGAACCAUUUUCAGAAUUCACACAAAAGCUGAAGGACUUUUGAAUACAGAUAUAUCCUUAGAGUUGGUGUUCCAUUUACCGGUCAGUUACCCUUUGUGUCUGCCUGGUAUCUCCAUUAACUCAAAACAUCUGACCAGAGCCCAGUGUGUGACUAUACAAGAGAAACUACUUGAGCAAGCAGAGAAGCUUUUGUYGGAACCUAUGGUUCAUGAACUGGUUCUUUGGAUUCAGCAGAAUCUCAGGCAUAUCCUCAAUCAACCAGAAACUGGAAAUGGCAGUGAAAAGUGUACUUUUUCAAUGAGUACAACUGUGGAUGAUGGACUGUGGAUUACUCUUUUACAUUUAGAUCACAUGAGAGCAAGGACUAAAUAUAUCAAAACCGUGGAGAAGUGGGCUUCAGAUUUAAGUCUGACAGGAAGACUGAUGUUCUUGGGUAAAAUAAUACUGAUUUUACUACAAGGAGAAAGAAACAACAUCAAGGAGUACCUGAUUCUUCAGAAAACCUCCAAAGUAGAUGUGGACUCAAGUGGAAAGAAAUGCAAAGAGAAAAUGAUUAGUGUACUGUUUGAAACAAAAGUACAGACGGAACACAAAAGGUUUCUGGCAUUUGAAGUCAAAGAGUAUUCAGCAUUGGAUGAGUUACAAAAGGAUUUUGAAAUCGCAGGACUUAAGAAGAUUUUCUCUGAAUUUGUACUUGGACUAGUAAAAUGAAAUGAACGACAGGAAUCUUUUAAGUAAAGUGUUUUUUGUUGUUUUUGCAUCAAAUUUGGGGAGUGGCUAACUGAAAUAGUUGUAAGAGAAAAAUUUUAAASUUUCUCUUCACAGCAAAAUUGUAGUAAUUUCAGAAACAAAAGCCAGUUCUGUUUUAGGGAAUAUGAAACAUGAAAAAAACCCAUAUAUUCUAMUCUUUGCCAAGGAAGGCUCGGUUCAAUACAUGGAACGUAAACUGAAAGAUAAAUAAAAAAAAAGUAGUGGUAAAUAAGCCCUUGUUUUUAUAUAGAAAGUUUGUUUGGAACUAUGCAAUUUUCUGGCUAAUUUGUAAUUAAAUUAUUUUUUA